UGAGGAGGCUGAGCUACACAUUUGAGCGGCAGAGCUCAAAUCUGAUCGGGAUACACUCACACACAGGAGAGGAGAGCUCGCAGAAGCGCUGCGUAAAGACGCACGUAAAGAGUUAUCCAAGACUACAGUUCAUCAGAGAGAGGACUCUAAACUACGGGGCUUUUAUCAACCUCUAUUAAUCUCUUAGUCUCGCCAUUUUGGAUCUUUUUCAAUAUUUUCUAAGCGAGAAGAGACAGUUUUAUUACACGCGCAAAAUCCACUUUCUGGGUCCGUGUUUGGUUUUCUUUCUCUCCAUGGAUUUAGCCUUGUGAGCGGCCGGUUGCAGUGGACUUUGCCCAGGGGGAUCACGGCUCCUUCCACCGGUCACCAGCAGAGCCCGGCAGCUGUCGUUCAUGUUCCAAGGGGCUGUUUGUAAUGGAUUUAUAAGAUUGACUUUGUUUUUAGCUGGAUCCACAAGAGACGCUCACGAACUGCUUUUCGGGAAGGUACAGUGGCGACAACGGAGCUCCAAAUGAGGAUUUCAAUAUUCACUCGUAUCGAACGAGACAAGGAGUGAUUUACCCCCUGGUGCCAGUCAUCCCUGCGCCGACAGACCGGGAGGAAAGGAUCGGAUUAAGAGGUUUUGUGGGUUUCUGAAGUUUCCAAUGCCAGGGACCGGAGUGUGAGGCCAACUCCAGGCUUCCAGCGUAUAUUUCUGCCUUUUUAACCAGAAGACAAGCAUGAAGAAGAUGGAGAAGAUCUGCACGUUCUGUGUUCUCCUGCUCUGCUUGAUGGACAGAUUCUCAGCCAGGGCCAUCAACGAAGGAAGGACUAAAGAUCUUCGGGUCUCCAGGCCUCUGAUCGUGCCAGGUUACCCAGAAAACACCACGGGGUUGGUGGGUGGUCAGGCAAAGCUGGUGUGUAAAGUCCACCGGUCGGCAUCCACCAAGGUGCAGUGGCUGAAGAUGGAGGUCAGCCAGGGAGGACCGCCUCGCCUCAGGGCUCUGACGGCCCUGCAGAGCAACGUGUCCAAGGUGAACACUUUGCAUCUGUCCAACAUUAGUCUGGAGGAUGGUGGAGAGUACAUCUGCAUGGCCGAGAGCACCCACGAAGGACAGGCAGUUCAAGCCAUACAGUCGGCGUGGCUGGAGGUCCUGCCUGGUCCCAUCAUUUCUCGAAAUGUGGACCUGACUGCUGCAGAGAUCCCAUCAGGUCCCAUCAUUUCUCGAAACGUGGACCUGACUGCUGCAAUAAUCACAUCAGAUGUUAUUGACGACCUGAGUGAGGACACCACGGAGCGUCUUCUGCUGGAGCCGGGCAACGUCCUGAAACUGCGCUGCGACCCGAGCACCCGGCCCGGCAUGGCGGUGAACUGGUACAAGGAGGGGCACCGGGUUCUGCCCACGCCCCGCAUCCAGAUCCGCGGCGCCAUCGUGGAGAUCACAGAUGUGACAUACGAGGACUCUGGCAUUUAUGUGUGUGUUCUGCGGGGAACCAAAGAGCCUGUGAGGAACUUCACCAUCACUGUGGCAGACUCAUUGGGGUCGGGGGACGAUGAUGAGGACAACGGCUUGGAGGACUCAUCGGCUGAGAUCGAAAACGACCAGGUUUACUUCUCCAGAGGUCCUUACUGGACCCACACUCAGCGUAUGGAGAAGAAGCUGUAUGCUGUUCCUGCAGGCAACACGGUGAAGUUCCGUUGCCCGGCCAUGGGCAGCCCCAUGCCGAGCAUCCGCUGGCUAAAAAAUGGACGUGAAUUCAGAGGAGAGCACCGCAUUGGGGGCAUCAAGCUGAGACACCAGCACUGGAGCCUGGUGAUGGAGAGCGUCGUGCCUUCAGACAGAGGAAACUACACCUGCCUGGUGGAGAACAAAUAUGGCUCAAUCGCUCACAGCUACGUCCUCGAUGUCCUGGAGCGUUCCCCACACAGGCCCAUCCUGCAGGCCGGUCUACCAGCCAACAUCACAGCAGUGGUGGGCAGCGACGUCCAGUUCCACUGUAAGGUCUACAGCGACGCCCAGCCUCACAUUCAGUGGCUCAAACACAUAGAAAGGAACGGCAGCCGCUACGGCUCUGAUGGGACGCCCUACGUUCGGGUCCUCAAGACCGGCAGUCUGAACAUGUCAGAGGUGGAGGUGCUCUACUUGUCCAAAGUGACCAUGGAGGAUGCAGGAGAGUACACCUGUCUGGCUGGAAAUUCAAUUGGAUUUGCGCACCAGUCCGCCUGGCUCUCCGUCCUCUCAGAGGAGGAAGCAGCAGACGCUAUUGAGACCUUGGAGACAAAGUACACUGACAUCAUCAUCUACGCCUGUGGUUUCCUGGCUUUGAUCAUGGCCAUCGUCAUCGUGGUGUUGUGUCGAAUGCAGGUCCACCCCAGAAGGGAGCCGUUUGAUGCCCUGCCAGUCCAGAAGCUCUCCAAGUUUCCUCUUCGCAGACAGUACUCGGUGGAGUCCAACUCGUCAGGGAAGUCCAGUGCGUCGCUUAUGAGGGUGGCUCGCCUCUCGUCCAGCUGCUCUCCCAUGCUGGCUGGAGUCAUGGAGUUUGAAUUGCCCUACGACCCGGACUGGGAGUUCCCCAGAGAGAAUUUAACAUUGGGCAAACCUCUAGGAGAAGGCUGCUUUGGUCAGGUGGUCAGAGCCGAUGCCUACAGCAUCAACAAGGACUCUCCAGAUCCGGCCUCCACUGUGGCGGUUAAGAUGCUCAAAGAUGACGCCACAGACAAAGAUCUGGCAGACCUCAUCUCGGAGAUGGAGCUGAUGAAGGUCAUGGACAAACACAAGAACAUCAUAAACCUGCUUGGGGUUUGCACACAGGAUGGGCCUCUGUAUGUGCUGGUGGAGUACGCCUCCAAAGGCAGUCUGAGGGAGUAUCUGCGGGCCCGGAGACCCCCAGGCAUGGACUACACCUUUGAUGUGACCAAGGUGCCUGAAGAGCAGCUUACCUUCAAAGACCUGCUGUCCUGCGCCUACCAGGUGGCCCGAGGGAUGGAGUACCUGGCCUCCAAAAGGUGCAUCCACAGAGAUCUGGCAGCCAGAAACGUUCUGGUGACGGAGGACAACGUGAUGAAGAUCGCUGACUUCGGCCUGGCCAGAGGAGUCCACCAGAUCGACUACUACAAGAAAACCACAAAUGGACGGCUGCCGGUGAAGUGGAUGGCACCAGAGGCUUUGUUUGACAGAGUCUACACGCACCAGAGCGACGUGUGGUCGUUUGGUGUACUGAUGUGGGAGAUCUUCACGCUGGGCGGCUCCCCUUACCCUGGUAUCCCCGUCGAGGAGCUCUUCAAGCUGCUGAAGGAAGGACACCGCAUGGACAAACCCUCCAACUGCACACAUGAACUCUACAUGAUGAUGCGUGAGUGCUGGCACGCUGUUCCCACCCAGAGGCCGACGUUCAAGCAGCUGGUGGAGGAGCUGGACAAAGUGCUGCUGUCCAUCUCUGACGAGUACUUGGACCUGUCGACGCCCUUCGAGCAGUACUCCCCGUCGUGCGAGGACACGUCCAGCUCCUGCUCCUCUGACAACGACUCUGUUUUUACCCACGAUGCCUUGUCCACCGACCCCUGCCUCCUGGGCUACCAGGACGUGUGCUCCAGGGUAGACAUGAAGACGGCGCUCCGAUAGACUCGCAACGGACGGCACCCACACGUUUACAGACAUGAACACAUGUAACACAUCCACUGGCGGCCAUAUUGGUGGUCCGCAGAAGCAUUUCGUCAAGUUAAAGUUGGACCUCCAUUAUGGCACCAGACGAAGCCCUUAGAUAUAGGUGGGCAUUCACAGUAUACACACACAUAUAAACACAUGUAUGCACAUGGAGCACUGAGGCUGGUGGGCUUCAUCACAUGGUGAAGGUUUGAGGAAAAACAUUUCACCGUGGGCAUCGGAAAAGAGGACAAACACAAACGCGGUACUUUGGACUAUCAGCUCUGGUGCUGUGUCCAAGAACAGUUGGAAACGUUGGAAAACUACGGCACUAAACAGAACAGGAGUAGAUCCUGGUACACAUAAAGGCCUCCAAAUGCUUUCUUUGAAGGACAAUGAUCUCCUCACACAACCCAGAACCAGGGCGAGAAACCUCGUGAUAAAGACAAUUUUAACAAAAACAAAAGAUUUAUUUUGCUAUGAUAAAAAAAGAAGAAACUGAUAGUUAAAUAUAAAUCUCUCUAUAUAAGAUUAUUUUACUUUUGUGUUGCUUAUUUAAAAAAGAAAAAACGGUCUUAAAUCUCAGGAUCUCGUGUGCUAAGAAGUGGCUGUAGUGGCAGCAAAGUGCCUGAAUUUACGAUUUCCUGUGAAUAUAUUAGAAUAUUAAAAUAUUGUAUGUACAUAUCAACAGCAGAAAGACGAUUGCCUUUAUAAAUUAUUCUGAAUGACACAAAAUGAAGGUUAUUGGAGGAGAAAGGAGAGAGGAAUUUAAUCAAGUGUUUCAAGUGCCAAACCUGUCGCAGCUGUCACACUGUAUUCAUGUUCGGGUUUUAUUCCAAAAUAUUACAUUUCGAGGGAAGGUUUGAACCCAAUGAUCCCCCAAAAUGAAACACAAAACAUUGAAAUCACCCCCAAAUCAUAAACAAACAGUAGAUGCUGUUAAAAAUUGGUUUACAUCAGCAGCUUUUGCAAAACAAAUGUAAAAAACCAACCAGUAUUUUGACUAACCGAGAAAAACAAAAUCUGACGACUCAAACCUCAAACGUAUGUGGUACAAAAAUGAUGGAUUUGGCCUUUAACGAUGGCUUACAUUUUUGGAAUGAAACCCUCCAUUUGUCAUUUUGUAGUAAGCUGCUUCGACCUCCAGCCCAAUCAAACAAUUUGUGGUUGAAUACCAGAAGGAGUUCCAGUUCUUGUUGCUGUUGUUGGAUGAAAACCCACCAAUUAUUUCGCUCGGAUGCAUUUCUUAAGUUAUAAAACGAGUUUUGAAACAGUCAUGAGACUCAUUUACAUGUACAAACAAGCGCGCAUAGUUUGAGACAACAGUCCAUGGUCUUCCUCCAACAACAGCUUCAGUAUUUCAGUCUACAUUGUCAGAGACAGUGUGUGUCCAGGGUGGGACUCGACUCUGAAAGGAGUACUGACGAUUCAGCACUGGGGACUAUGCUGGGGAGCUGGCCCAAGCCCACUGUCACUGUUGACAAGGGAGGGGGGCACUGCAUGUGAAAGCCAGUGUGAUUGAUUUCAAAUAGAGGAGAGGGGGGGAGGGAGCCUCCUUUGUCUGGCUGUAACCCUUCACCCAGCCCAAUCUGUUGGCGAGGGGUCUUCAGGUCCGCAGCCCGGCCGGACAAUGAAGGCUUUGCAGGCUUAAUGGGUGUGACUACGGACCAGAGGGAGUUCUGCAGGGGUGGGGGUGGUGGUGUGGGGAUAGCUUGGCCUUGUGUGCAAAUGAAGAGGCUCUUAUUAUGUUAAUGUGUCCUCUUCUCUCCCAUACUCCCCUAUCUUUAUCCCCACAGCCGCCAUCUUUUAAAUUUACAAAUCUUAAUUCAGAUUGGCCACCGGGACCAGCUGCAGAGAACUCCCCCGUGUCCUCGGCCCACCUCCUGAAUCAGACCGCAGACGCAAACAAAGCAACCAUUUUGACAGUUGUAUGGAAAUAUGCUUGUCAAAAUUCACCAAAGUUCACCAAACUGACUCCAUGGAACUUAAUUGAUUUAGGUUUGAAACAUAUGUGUCUGUCUUGGCUGAUACCUGCAUCACCAGCUGUGUUGCUAGAUUGCUCUCUGGUCUUUUUUGUUUCAAGUGAAAAAUGAAGGGUUUGAUUUCAAAAUGAAGUGUAACCAGCCAACCGUUUAGUCAAUGAAGGAUUCACGUGUCUUCUCUCCCUCAUUUGUUUGCUUUCCACGCUGUCAAUCAUCUAGUGACAAUUGGUGUCUCAUUUUAGAAUGAAGCUCUUCACAUUUAAAUGCAAACGUAGGCAAAGUGUCCGGAUACAUAUGCAUCUUUACAUUCCAGUUAUCUGCUCUUCUCCCAGAUACAAACUGUAAACAAUCACCACGUUCUUAAACAUUUCCUCCAGAUAAUUAUUUUAGAAAUAUCUAAUUUAUUUGUUUAUUGUUUUGUUUUUUUAUGAAAUAAAGUAUAAUUUAAA